ACUGAAAACGCUGGUGACCCAGUUAAUUAUUGUCUAUUAAAAGUCUCCAUGAUUUAGUAUCGACACAAACAAUCCCUAAUCGAUAUCAACAAUUUCAACAUGUCAGACGUACGAAUAACACUCAACCCAAAUCAGGCAUCGAAAAUGCUUGAAGUUUUGUCAGCAUUUCCAAAUUUUAAGAGGCCAACAGACUUACCAGAUCAUUUAAGACUAUCUAAAAAACAAAUCAAAAGGAUAAGGACAUGGCAGAAAACGGCGGCAGAGAAUGCGGAGAAUCCAUCAUUUUCUCGGACAAAUAAAUUAACAGCUGGAGCUUUCAGAAUAUUCCAAGACAAGCAGUUACUCAGUGAUGACGAUGACAAAAAAAGUGAAGAAAAAGAGAAAAAAAGCGACAAGAAGACGGAUUCACAAGUUGACGAUGACGCGGAUGACUCUGAUGAAGAUUUCGAUGGCGAUUUUGGAAAACUUUUCGGUGGUUUGGCAGGUCCUUCUGGAAAAAUAAAUUUAACUACAACGGUUGGAGGCAAACCCAAAGUGGACAAAGACACACCUCCAGAAGUUAUCCCUUUGAUGACGAGUAUGGUCAAUAAGAAUUUGAUGUACGCACCAUACAAAGCUAAUGCAGAAGCACUCGAAGAAUGGAUUGCAGAAAACAGACACACAGUUACUACGCAAGAAAUACAAAAAAGAGAAAAACAGUUAAAGAUCAUUAAACGCAUAUUAAUGUUGUAUGAUCAAGAGAAAGAAGGUGAAACACGUAAAAUCAAAGAAGCAAGGAAUAUGAAAAUUUUAGAACUCAAUGCCGCAUUCGACGAUCUGGGAGAUUUGCCACCUGAAGUUGAAACAAAAUCUAAAGAGUACUAUCAGGAGGCCGAUUUUAGCAAACUUAUCCCGGGAAUGAUGGAAACAUUACAAGGAACAAUGUCAUCACUUUUAAUGGGUCUCGGGAAUUCCUUGAACCCCAAAAAGGCAUCAGGAAAAAAGGGAGGAGAAGAAGAAUGUGCAGUUAUGUGAAAGAAAAAGACAUAAAACAUUUCUCUAUCUUUUUACCUGCAUUUAUUAUGUAUGCGACUGACAUUUUACCUUUAAAAAGGGGGAUAACAUGUAUCGUAAACUUGUUUCAUAUACCGUCUAGCAUUGUACCUGUCCUAAGGAGAGAAUCACAUAUUCAUCGAUUGUUUUAUACUUUUUUAAUAUAUUCAUUUUGUAUAUUAAAUUUUUUUUUGAUUUUGUAGUUUUGCUUAAAAUAUAUUAUCGCUGUUGUUUA